AUGGCUUCCACUUGCAGAGUCUCGCUCUCCCUCCUCUCCAUCACACUCUUCUCCUUCCUCAUCUCACCGGCCUCGUCUCAGCACGAGCACCCGCUUGAUCCGUUGACGCCGGAGGAAUUCUCUUUGAUUCGAAAUGCGGUGAUGUGGUCGUACGGGGCGUCGAGUGAAAACGUAACGUUUCAUUACGUGGGUCUCGACGAGCCAGAUAAACCGCUCAUUUACUCAUGGAUGUUGAACCAAACUGAUAAAAUACCCCCUCCGCGUCGAGCCUCUGUAGUCUUGCGGUUCCAUGAGCAAACACAUGAGCUCAUCGUGGACUUAUCAAGCAGUCGAACAUCGAUCGUCUCCAAAGAGGUUUACCAUGGAAAUGGCUUCCCUAUGCUCACACUAGAGGAGCAAACAGCUGCGAGCGAUCUACCUCGUACACAUCAUCAAUUCAUACGAUCCAUCGAAAAAAGAGGCCUCAACAUGUCCGACGUUGUGUGCGCAUGUUACACGGUUGGAUGGUACGGAGAGCCGAGAAGCAGGAGGGCCAUGAAGGUCCUAGCUUACUACACCAAUGGCACGGUCAACUUCUACAUGAGACCCAUCGAAGGCAUAGUCAUGGUGGUCGAUUUGGAACUGAUGAAGAUAGUGAAGUAUCACGACCGGUUCACGACCACUGUGCCGACGGCUGAGGACACCGAGUACCGUCUGGAGAAGCAAAACCCGCCCUUUGGGCCGCAUCUGGAGGGUGCGGCCAUCGUGCAACCCCAUGGACCUGGUUUCGAGAUCAAGGGACAUACUAUCAGCUGGGCAAAUUGGAAGUUCCAUAUUGGGUUCGACGCCCGAGUCGGUCCAAUCAUCUCGCUAGCAUCGAUCUACGAUCUCGAGAAGGGCAAAUAUCGACAGGUACUAUAUAGAGCCUACGUGUCUGAGGUCUUCGUGCCCUAUAUGGACCCAACUGAAGAGUGGUACUACAAGACCUAUUUUGACUGCGGGGAAUUUGGGUUCGGAUUGUCCGCAGUGUCGCUCCAGCCGGGGGUGGAUUGCCCCAAUAAUGCGAUAUUCAUGGACGGAUUCUACGCGGGCCAAGAUGGUACCCCUGUAAAGAUAUCGAAUGUAACUUGUGUGUUUGAAAAGUAUGCAGGAAACAUCAUGUGGCGACACACUGAGAUUGGAAUUGCAGAUGAGACGGUCAGUGAGUCUAUUUGUUAAUACUCUACAAUCUUUAGUUUUUGGUCCUUUCAAUCUUUUAGGAUUUAAGGAAAACUUUGAAAACUCUAAUGUUUGAUGAUUUUUCAGAUAAGAGAGGUCAGAUCGGACGUGAGCCUGGUGGUAAGGUCGGUGUCUACAGUUGGCAAUUAUGACUACAUUCUUGAUUGGGAACUCAAGCCAAGUGGAUCAAUCAAAUUUGAGGUCGGACUGACUGGACUGCUAGAAGUCAAGGCCGUGAACUACACUCACGCAAGUCAGAUAAAAGAGGAUGAAUACGGCACGAUGGUCGGAGCAAACACCAUCGCUACGCACCACGACCACUUCUUGACCUACCAUCUCGACCUCGACGUCGAUGGUGCUCCAAACUCCUUCGUCAAGACCAAUUUGAUCACAAAACCAGUGGCUGAGGAAGGCGUGCCGAGGAAGAGUUAUUGGACCGUGUCGAGCAAGACGGCGAGAACGGAAUCAGAGGCGCAGCUGCACUUGGGAUUGGAGCCAUGUGAUCUCGUUGUGGUCAACCCAAACAAGCGAACCAAAGUUGGGAACAACGUCGGGUACCGCCUCAUCCAGGGCCGAUCGCGCCCCAUUCUAUUCCGCGAUGAUUACCCGCAGAUCCGCGCUGCUUUUACCGACAACAACUUGUGGGUGACUCCGUACAACAAGAGCGAAAAAUGGGCCGGAGGCCGAUACGUCGAUCAAAGCCGAGGGGAUGAUACAUUAGCUGUUUGGGCGAAGAGGAACAGGAAAAUUGAGAAUGAGGACAUUGUCUUGUGGUACACGUUGGGCUUUCAUCACAUUCCUUACCAAGAGGAUUUCCCGAUAAUGCCGACACUGAGCGCCGGUUUCGAGCUCCGGCCGAGCAACUUCUUCGACAGAAACCCGGUGCUCAAAACAAAAUCUCCAAAACCCGUCAUUCUGAGCUGCAAGCCCUAGAGAUGAUCUUUUUCCGAAAUUGGAGUGAUCUUAUCAGAGUCCCUAGAGAUUUUCAAAUUCAAUGUUUUAGCUCAUCCCGGAUGAAGAACAUCAGUGUAGCAAGUUUGCAAAUGUAUGACCUAAGUCAAACUCUUUUUUAAACACGUCAUGCGCAAGGGAUUAUUCAAUAGCAGGAGUAAACCUGC